GUGUUACUAGGCUGACUGUAUGAAUCACUGACUGCUGUGAAUAUUAACAUGAUUUACUUCUUUGCUCCAAUAAGAAUGUCCCGAAGAGAAGAUUAAAUCAAAAAAAAAAAAUAAAUAAAGCCUGUGGGAACAGCGAGAAAGUAGAAGAGCCCGUGGAGAACUUGAGACCGAACAAGAUGCUGCUGAAGGGCCUGCUCAUUUUCCCUCAUAUUCUUUGCUUCUUGUCAUCAUAUGCGGCGUCAGGGCCAACAUAUCUGCUGACCACUCCUUUAGAUAUUCGCUCAGGAAAAAAUGUAAUUAUAGGAAUUGAUCUGUUACCAAACAGUCCACCAACAGUAAAGGUUCAAGCUGAGAUCCUAAAGGACAAUAUUACUCUGCUUCAAGGAGAAGGGAUAUUUCAAAGAGGUACAUUUGGAAAACUAGUUCUCCCACAACUUCCUUCAAAUAGCUUUAUAGGGAAGUAUGAACUUAAGGUGGAAGGAUUUUCUGAGAAUAAGAUGAUUUUUAACAAUACAACACUACUUGACUUCAAUUCCAAAAGUUAUUCUGUCUUCAUUGAGACAAACAGCAUCUUCUACAAGCCUGGCCAAGAAGUGAAGAUUAGGAUCUUAACGUUUUCAUCAGAUUUGAAACCUUACACAUCUACAAUUGAUAUUCAUAUUAUGGAUCCACGUGGGAACCUGCUAGAGCAAUGGCUGGAAGAAAAAGCUGAGUUGGGAGUUGUGUCAAAUGUUUUCCAACUAAGUGAUAAUCCACCACUUGGAGAUUGGUCAAUAAAAGUAAAAUUGCAUCAACAAUUUCAUUAUCAAACCUUUACUGUAACCCAUUAUGUUUUACCAAAAUUUGAAGUUUUCCUGUCCACGCCAAUGCAUUAUUCACUGAAAAUGGGUUUGUUAGAAGGUACAGUCACUGCAAGAUACACUUAUUCGAGGCCCAUAAAGGGAAAGCUGACUGUUAUUUUGCACCAUAACACAUUUCAUCAGAACAAAAACAAUUUUUCCAAAGAUUUUGAGAUAAAUGGUUUUUCGAAGUUUCAUUUUACUGAACUGGAGGUGAAAAAACUUGUGAGAUAUGAAGAGAAAAAUUUAGAGAAUUUCAAAUUUAAUGCUCUUUUGGAUGUUGUUGCUAUAGUUACUGAGGAUCUUACAGGUGUAUCACAGAAUGAAACGUCCAGUGUGUCUGUUAUCGACAGAGAAUACUACAGUGAGUUUUACAACUAUCCUACAGUGUUGAAACCUACACUCAACUUCACCACGUAUCUUAAGAUGCGGAGAUACGAUGGCAGAGAUCUGACUGAAAAAGAAAGAAGGAAUGAAGUUUCUGUGACAGUUACCCAGUCUAAAAUGUAUCUUACAGAUGGAAUGUUAAAUUCGAUGUUAGAUGAAGAAAAGAAUAUAGAACUUCAACAACUUUCCACUUAUUUUAUUCCUGAAAACAGUGAAAUUAAAAUUGAAAUCCCUUUAUAUGCUGACACAGUCCAUCUAAAGAUCAAGGCAGAGUUUUUGGACAGUGUAAAUACUAUAGAUGUUGAUGAUGUAUUUUACUCACCAAACAAAAUGUAUCUUCACAUAGAGAGUACAAACCAGAAUUUAAAGGUUGGAGAACCAUUUACCACUGAAAUAAAGAGCAGCACAAGUGUGGAUGCAAUAAAAUAUUUGAUUGUUUCUCGAGGAGAGAUUGUCUAUUUUGGACUUGAGAACUCUACUUCACUUACCCUGAUUCCUCAAAGUUCAUGGACUCCUGAAGCAUGUCUGAUGGUGUAUCAUGUAAUGAACGAUGGGACAGUUCUAAAUGAUGUUACAACUCUGUCUAUAAAUCCUGACUUUGAAAACAAGAUUUCUGUGUCUUGGAAUAAAAGGCAAGCCAAUCUAUCUGAGAAAGUCUCUCUGAAGAUCAAUGUGACUGAACCAAAUUCACUAAUUGGACUGUCAGUUUUAGAUAAAAGUGUUACAUUACUUGGAGACAGACAAGAAAUUACCACAAAACGGGUAUCAGAGGAACUGAAAGGCUAUAAUUCAAUACCUCCAAAUCGUGUCACCAGUCCUUAUCAGGUUUUUGAGAAAUGUAAUAUUGGCGUGUUUACUGACGCCAUCCUUGGGAAAGAAGAUGAGUAUGAUACAUUGAGAAAUGUACAUUUUGACAGUAGAGAAGACUUCCAGCCCUCUUGGCAUCCUGUUGAUUUUGGUGGAUCUCGUAUCAGAUCUAAUUUUCCUGAGACAUGGAUUUGGAAGAAUAUUAACUCAGGACGAAGCACUUUCCUUGAAAUGGACACUGUUGUACCAGAUACCAUCACUACUUGGAUCGCAAAAGCAUUUGUAAUUUCUGAGAAUUUAGGAUUUGGGAUUUUGGAAACCCCUGUGCAGUUGGAAUCUUUUCAGCCAUUUUUUGCAUCAUUGAAUCUCCCAAGUUAUGUUAUUAGAGGAGAACCAUUUGUCUUGGAAGUUGUUGUCUUCAAUUAUUUGGAAGAAGACACUGAGGUUUCUGUAACUUUUGAACCAAGAGAUGCCUUUGAAAUAUACCUAUCAUAUAUAAAUGCAACUGGACCUCAACAGACUGUAUUGGUUCCAAGUCAAGAUGGAAAAACUGUUUUCUUUCCAGUGAAACCUAUUCAACUUGGUGAGAUUUCAAUAAUGGUGAAGGCUACAUCUACCCUUGCUUCAGAUACAGUAACGCAAAAGCUCCUAGUCAAGGCUGAAGGAAUAGAAUAUUCACAUUCACAAACCUUGCUCUUGGAACUGAUGAACAGUAAACCACAAAUGAUUUCAAAGUCUUUGAACUUUACAUUCCCUCCUGAUGUAGUAAGUGGCAGUGAAAAGGCAUUCAUCACUGUUGUUGGUAAUAUUUUGGGACCAACCACUGCCAGCUUGGAAUCAUUAGUACAAUUGCCGUAUGGCUGUGGUGAACAGAACAUGGUCAGAUUUGCCCCAGUAGUCUUUAUAAUGGAAUAUCUAACUAAAACUGGACAACCACAUGAACUUACUCCUAAAUUGAUUUCAUACAUGAAAGAAGGUUACCAGAGAGAACUGGCCUAUCAAAGAAAAGAUGGGUCUUUCAGUGCCUUUGGAAAUGAUGAUCUUGUAGGAAGUACCUGGUUGUCUGCCUUUGUCCUGCGUUGUUUUUUAAAAGCCCGACAGUUUAUAUUAGUUGACCCUGUGGUCCUUCAUGAAACCCUUACAUGGCUUUUGGUCCAUCAGAAGAAAAGUGGGGCAUUUUGGGAACCUGGGAGAAUAAUAAAAACUCAACUUCAAGGAGGCGACUAUAGUCCAGUUACACUGACUGCUUAUAUAAUGUCAGCUCUUAUUGAAUAUCCUGGACUCUUGAAUUCUACUCAAAUAACAGCUGCUGUAAAUUACUUGGAGUCUCAGAUGAAUGAAGUCACCUCAGAUAACUAUACCCUGAGUCUUAUGACGUAUGCAUUAUCAUUGGUUGGAAGCAAUAAAGCUAAAGAGGGUUUGGACCUCCUGAACCACCGAGCAGAGCAAAAUGGGGACUUAAGGUUCUGGAAGUCUAACAUUCAGAGAGCACAAGGCUGGUGGCAACCCAAUUCUGUUGAUAUAGAAGUAGCAUCCUAUGUCCUGUUAUCACAUGUAAUACAGAAUCGUGUUUCUGAAGGAGUAGCAGUAAUGAAAUGGUUAAGCCAGCAAAGAAACCACCUUGGAGGAUAUUCUUCUACUCAGGACACUGUAGUAGCCCUGCAAGCAAUGACUUCUUUUGCAUCUAAAUACUUAGUUAGCAAACCUGCCCUGCACAUUUCCGUGGAAGGGAACCAGAUGGAUUCUCCAAGCUUUAGAAUCAAUUCUGAGAACUAUAUGAUGCUUCAAAGUAAGCAGAUUGAUGUUGGACAAGAUAUCAAUAUUACAGCUCAUGCUGAGGGAAUUGGAUUUACCUUAUUACAGCUUCAUGUUAUCUAUAAUUUGAGAAGCGAUGUUUCCAAAAGAACACGUAGGUCCACUGCAAGUAAAGACUACUUUGAUUUAAAUGUUACUGUACAAGAUAAUAUGAAAAAUGUUAAUAUUUUCACCUUAAAUAUUUGUACAAGGUACUCAGAAAUAGAUUCCUCUUCUCAGACUGGCAUGGCUCUUCUGCAAGUGGAUUUACUCAGUGGCUUUAGUUUAUCUCCAGAUGCUAUAGUAAUGAAAUAUCCUAUUAAAAAGGUGGAGACAGUUGAUGACACAGUCAACAUAUAUCUUGAUUCUCUCAACCAAACAGAGUUUUGCUUAGAUAUUCCAGCAAUUCGAAGUUCAAAUGUUGGCUACACCCAAGAUGCUUUUGUAUCAAUAAUUGACUACUAUGAACCAGGAAGACGGGCUGUAAAAAGCUUCAAUUCUGAAGUAAUGAAAACAUUGUCCCCUUGUUCAUUCUGUAAGAAUGAAUGUAGUGAAUGUUUGGACAACCACGCAACCCAACUAUCAAACGGCCAAUGGUUUUACUUAUUGUUAUUUAUAUUAUUUGUCAUAUGUCUGUAAAGAGAAAACUUACAGUAAUAGCAAUGUCACAUUGUAUGUGUGUGUUCUACAUUUACAUGUCUAUACUAUUCUGAGCAGCAUUUCCAUAAAUCCAGAUUUUUCUAGGGAACCUGUCACUACUAGUUUUAUGCUGCCGAACCAUGGUGGCAUGAAACACUGACCGGCUCUCUUAUUACAAUGAUAUAAUUCCCUCUGAAUGUGCUGUGCUGUUUUAGAGAUAUCAUAAUUAUAAUUUCUGUCAGAAGACUUUGAGCCAUCGGGGCAGAUCCCUUGCACUACUUGACAGAUUUCUCACUACAGGGAAAUAAGGAGAGAUCUAUCAAUCCAGCUUUCAGGACAUGCCCCAUUGACUCCAACUACCAUAGGUACCAUAGUACCAAUGCCAAAGGUAUAAUAAUGAUUUCUCUAAAGCAGCAUGGCUGUUCUGAGUUAGUCAUAGAUCGUUUUGAUGAGGAAGCCUGGUAUGGUUUUAUGCUGCCUGUGGUUUGGGCAGCAUGAAGCUAGUGACAGUUUCCCCUUUAAAGCAGUGAUCAUUAUUCCUUAUAUAUAUUUACACAAUAUUGAAUGGUAAAGGAAACAGAUGAUUUACAUUUCAUUUUCUACAGAAAUAAUAGUAAUCUUUUGUAGUUGAACAUAGUAUUUAUUUCUGCAGGAUUCUUUUUUUUUUCCCGUCUCUCUACAUUGCAGUCUUUGUGAGAAAAACAAAUAAGGCUGGGUUCACAUCACGUUUUGUCCCAUACGGGACCGCAUACGGCAGGGGCAGCUGAAAACUUGCGCUCGCGUAUGCCUUCGUAUGCG